AUGAGUAUGAUGACAGCGGCAAAUACGACAAUACUGAGUGCAACUGGUGUUUCAGGUGGUGUUGUAUCUGCUCCUACCACAGGAGGUGGUACUACUACCACAAGUAGCACUAGUACAAACGCUAUUGAUUAUGAUUAUGAAGAUAGUAAUAAAGAUAUGUGUCCUAUUUGUAAGACAGAUCGAUAUUUAUCACCUGAUGUUAAAUUUUUAGUUAAUCCUGAAUGUUAUCAUAAGAUUUGUGAAUCUUGUGUGGAUAGGAUAUUUAGUUUGGGUCCUGCACAAUGCCCUUAUAAGAGAUGUGAUAAGAUUCUUAGGAAAAACAAGUUUAAAACACAAAUAUUUGAUGAUGUUGGUGUGGAAAAAGAGGUGGAUAUUAGGAAGAGGGUUUUUGGAGUUUUCAAUAAAGAUUUGAAUGAUUUUGAUGGUGAUUUGAAGAAAUUUAAUGAAUAUUUGGAACAUGUUGAAGAGAUCGUUUAUAAGUUAGAUCAUGGUAUUGAUGUGGAAGAGACGGAGAGACAAUUAAAGGAUUAUGAGGAAUUAAAUAAACAAUUAAUUUUGAGUAAUAUUGAAAGAAAUAAGAAAGAAUUUGAAAAUUUUGAAGAAAGAGAGAAAUUUCAAAAGGAAAUGAGAUUAAAGAAAAGAAUGUUAGAAAGACAGAUUGAAGAGGAAGAUAAAAGUAAUAAAGAAUGGGCUAAGAGAGAAAUUAUUAAUCGAUUAGCUGCAGCGUCAACAUCUGGCUCAUUAUCAUCGGCAUCAUCGGCAUCUACAUCAAUUGUUGAUAAUACGCAAGAUGUUAUUGAAAGUGUUAAGAGUACAGUUAAGUUAAAGAAAUCUAGUGCAAGAAGGAAAUUAGAUGAAUUGAAUAGAUUUCUUCAAGACAAUCCAUAUUUUUCAUCAUCAAAUCCGAACAGUACUCAAAAUACUCUACUGUAUCAACAGCAACACGGUGGUAGUGUGAUACCCUUUACACCCUUUAAUGGUGAUAGAGAUAUUGAACCACGUCGGUUUACUAUUGAAGAAGAAUUAUAUGAUGAUCCAUUCUUAAAGGAUUUACAAAAUAAGAAAGAAUUCAUUGCAUCCGGGUUUAGGACUGAUUAUGUUUAUGAAAGGGUAUUGACAGAAGCAUUUAUGGGUCUUGGAUGUGUCAUAUCUGAAGAAUUAUAG